AUAACUGACCGGAGAUCAGGUGGAAAGUCAGCUGAUUCCACCUCAACCAGGAAGGGGAAGUGACUAACUAGUCAUGUAAAACCAGAUAUCUAGUUUUGAGUGUUUGCUCUAAUUGAUAAGAGAAGCUUUCAGACUUUAAAGAUGUUCGGCGGGGACGAUGAAGACGGGGACUUCUUGUCGCCAACCGGAGGAGCCAAGUUGGCCUCCCUGUUCGGUCUAGACCAGGAGGCCAGUAAGGGGAACGAGUCUUUCCAGUACACGGCCCCCAAACAGCCCAGAAAAAGCACCAAUCCAGCACCAGCCAAUCAGAAAGCAGCCACCCCGCCUGGAGCUCCUGCUGUCUUAUUUGCUUCAGCAGUUCAAGCCUUCAGAUACAUUAACGGGCAGUACGUGAAGCAGGGGAAGCUGGGAGCAGCCGUGCUGGGCAGCCACGCUACCGGAGAGUACAAGCUGCUUCUGUACUUGAGCCAACAGAAACAAGUGACGGCGGCCAGGAUUCACGUGGACUUUCUGUUCACGGUCCAACCGAACAAUUACUGCACUUUUUAUGAUGACCAGAGGCAGAACUGGUCCCUGAUGUUCGAAUCGGACAAAACCUCAUCAGGUUUCUGCAAAGAGGUGUGUUUGGCCAAAGCAAACAGCGCCUCUGCUUUAGAUUCGGUGGUGAUUCAGGAUCUGAGUCUCGGAGAGGGCCAAGCAGUGGAGAAUGGAGACUCCCUGGAGGUGGUUUACACAGGCUGGCUCCUGGAGAACCACACCAUCGGACAGGUGUUUGACUCCAACCAGAACAAAGAAAAGCUGCUGAGGCUGAAAAUCGGAGCCGGGAAAGUGAUCAAGGGAUGGGAGGAAGGGAUGCUGGGGAUGAAAAAGUCAGGCCGUCGUCUCGUCAUCAUCCCACCCAAUCUAGCUUACGGAUCUACGGGAGUCGCUAACCGAGUCCCGGCUAACAGCACUCUCAUCUUCGAGGUGGAGCUUCGACGGGUGAAGUUUUCCAAGGACAGUGGUUCGGCUCGGGCCAGUGCCAGCUCCCGGGACUCUGCUGCUCCGUCGCCAGCUCCCAGUGUGGAAAGUCUGGUCUCGGAGUCUCCGGUACCAGCCGCUGCUUCUGGUCCAGGUAGACCAGGGGAGCCGCCACUGCGGGCGAAGUCCAACUCUCUGAGCGAACAGCUGGCGAAUCCAGAUGCCACUAAAGCCAAAUUAAUCUCUCGCAUGGCGAAGAUGGGUCAGCCCAUGCUGCCCUUCCUGACCGGAGCCGCCAGCCAGCCCGAAUCCAGCGACUCUGAGCUGGAGGACACCAGCAGCAGCAGAGCGAAGGAUCCGUCUCCGGUUCAGAUCCCAGCUCCAGUGCCGGCACCAGUCCUUCCUCAUCUUGCUGCAAGCUCUGCCGUACUUCCUGUUCUGAGCUCUGUUGGCCCUCAGUCUGGGCUGCCAGGCAGCGGCCACGCCUUCCAGCCUUACUCCUGCACGCAGACGCCUGCUGCUCCAGCCCAGAUGCAGCCGGUCGGCCAGGUCUACGCGGCUCAAACCGUCCCCUACGUGGGUUCUGGUGACGUGACGUCCUUCCUGAUGACUGAGGCGCGGCAGCACAACACAGAGAUCCGGCUCGCCGUGGGAAAAGUAGCAGAUAAAGUGGAUCAGCUGGCCUCCAGGAUUGAUGAUCUUCAGAGGCAGGGCGGCCAGUCCAUCAGCGUCUCCAGUAUGUCGAUGGAAACCUCCAUGAUCCUGCACAACAUCCAGAGGAUUGUCCAGGAAAACGAAUGUUUGAAAAAGGAAGUCUUUGAGAAAAGUUCCCGCAUUGAAGAGCAAAACCGUAAAAUUGGAGAUCUAAUUAACCAAAACCAGAGGUUCAUGGAGCAGAGCCACCUGCUGCUGGAACAGAGGAACGACUCCCUGAAGUCGUCCAGCGAGCAGAACCAGGCGAGACUCCUGCAGGCCGAGCAGGACAAGCAUGCUCUGCCUCUGGACCUUGGCUGUGGCCAGGUCCGUCUGACGGAGGAGCUGGCUUCGUCCACGGCCCGGGUGUCUCAGCUGCAGCUCGAAGCUUCGGCUCAUCAGCAGAAAGCCGCAGAGCUGCAGAACAAACUCAGCUGCGCUCUGCAAGACAGCGAGAGCCACUGCCAACGCAUCGUCGCCAUGGAAACGCAGCUAGAAGAACUGAAGGAGGCAGCAGAGAGGACCCAGACUCUGUACCGCUCAGAGAAGCAGAGACGCAAAGAGAUGGAGCUGAAAGUCAGCACCAUAGAAGAAGAGCUGCAGGACCUGAAGUCCGAUAAGGAGAGCCUAGAGCGAAUGCUUUCAGAGAGGAAGAAGAAAUGGCAGGCAGAGCGCCAGCAUCGGGACGAGGAGGUGGAGGAGCUCCGGAAGAACAGCCAGACAGAGCUGGACAACCUCCGGGCUCAGCUUCGCAAGGCCAGGACCAGCAAGGACAACGCUGCAUCUGAACAGUUGUCUCAGCUGCAGACGGAGCUGGAGGAGGAGUGGAAGGGGAAAUGUAAGCAGAUGAUGGAUGUGGCCAACGAGCAGCAUCACCGAGAGCUGAGCGAAGUCACGGAGCAGAGAGAUGCUCUGCAGGACAAGCUCACCCAGCUGCAAGAGAAGUUUGCUGUUUUGAAGCAGACGAGAGAUUCAGAGGAAGAACGUUUGCUGCAGAGCCGGCGGCAGACUGAAGAGCUGCAGGCGCUGCAGGAGGAAUUUGCAGCCUUGGAGGAGCAGGGAGCAGCCGUGAGGGAAAAGCUGGAGAAACGAGUGGCUGAGCUGCAGAGGAAAGUGGAGGACCAGGAGAGUUCAGGAGAUACUGCAGCAGAGGUGAAGCGUGUGAUGAACGGCGUGUUUCAUUCUCUGCGAGCAGAGUUUGACCUCAGUGAUUCUUACAGCGGCCAGGCGGUGCUGGCGGUGAUCGUCUCCACCAUUAAAAAUGUAACUCUACAGCUGCUCAGCGGGGUGGAGAAAAGCUCGCUGAGGCCGAGUCAGAAAGAGGAGGAAGCCGAGGAAGAGGAGGAAGAAGAAAGCGAAGACGUGGAACAAAGGGAGGAGAAAUCUCAUCACAACGUCCAUGUGAAUGGAGAGAGAGAAGAAAAGGAGGAGGAAGACCACACGGCCGACUCGGACUCGCAGCCACUCGGCAAGACUCGGUCGGUUCAGGAAGAAGAAGCUGAGACGGAGACGGUUCCAGGAACGCCGAGCCAGGCCACGGCUUUGGAGGCCGCUGAUGUCCACCAGAUUUCUAGUACUGAACCUAAACCAGCGGAGUCAGAGAUAACAGGGAUGGAGUCUGUGGUGGAACGGGACCAGGACCAGGAACACCCCUCUGCUCCGGACUUGAGCAAGACCGUGGAUCCAGAUCAGGGACCGGAGGAGCGUUCGCUGCCUGAAGACGGACAGGAAAGAGAUGCGGAUGUAGAUGUGGAUAAAGUGGAGGAUGUAGAAAUAACUGCUCCUUCUCAGAGAGCCUUUGUACCCCCUUCCAACCCACCUCCACCACCGACUGCCCCUCAGAACAGCUCUGGAAAGGAAACGAGUCCAACUGGGAGAAUGGGGGAGGAAAAUGGAGAGGAGCCAUUUUUCCAGAACACAACUCCCACCAAACCCCCCGCUGCACCCAGUGAGGAGGAAGAGGAGGAUGAGAUGAGCCUGAAGGGUCGUCCGCCUCCUGCCCCGCUGUUUGGUGAUGAUGAUGACGACGAUGAUGGUCUGGACUGGCUGAACUGACUGGAACCGGCCCGGCUGCUUUCCUGGUGGUGGGGUUCAGACGACGGUCUGCACCGAGACCUGGGAUCUGUCCCGAGGCUGGGACCGUUCUCCUCAGACGCCUUCCAGCAGCUUCCGAGAAGACGGUUGAUCUCAGAUUAUAGAAACUAACGUCCGUGGUUUUAGAUCCGGUUUUUAAUCGAGCUUUUUACACCGACUCACUCAGUGAAGAAACCAGGUGGAAAAAUGUGGCCUUUCUGUGUCGUAGCUCCUGAUUUUAUCUGUUAGCCGUCUCACGUUGGAAAAUAAACACCAACCUUUAGAUUAUCAAUCAUGACUUUAAACUUAAUUAAAUGAUUUUUAAAUAAAAAGUUGUUUUUUGUUCGUUUUGCUACUUGUGAGAUGAUUGAAAAGAUU